AUGAAAUUAAUUGCAGUAGUGGUUCGCUCGGUAACGCUGCGUGAUGCAUUUUUGAUGAGCGAAAGCGCGAGGGACGAAGUUAAGGAAAAGCAUAAAAAGUUUGCAUUUACAGAUCUUCGUUCCUACUAUGAUCCAGAAUUUUUUGUUUAUCAAAGGAAAAUUGGUUUUGUCACGCAACCACCAGACGGAAUUAUUGACGAAUUAACAAAGUAG